AUGGCCUCCGAAUCCUCUGAGAGCACUGUAUCGGCCAGAACUCCAUCUCCGGUCAGUGCGAAUCCUCUCGCGUACGCACAUCAUUAUGUGUCGAUGAAACUAACGUCCCAGAACUUCUUGUUCUGGCAUAUACAGUUGAUCCCCUUCCUACGAAGCCAAGAUUUGCUCGGGUAUGUUGAUGGAAGCCUCAAGUGUCCACCGACGUUGAUCACCUCACCAGACUCCGGCGAAUCCACCUCUGCCGUUGCACCCGCCGCGGUCGUUCCAAAUCCAGCCUACAAGGCGUGGGAGAAGCAAGAUCAGGCAAUCCUCUCGCUUCUCAUCUCUUCAAUGGCGGAUGAGGUUCUUCACCUGGCAGUGGGUAGGAACACCUCGGCUGAUGUCUGGAGCUCCAUAAUCGCCGCUCUUGGUUCGUCUAGUCAAGCUCGCUGCCUCAAUCUUUUGGGGCAGUUCCAAAUGCUCCGGCAAGGCAAUUCUACCACCGCGGAGUACUUAGGGCGAGCUGAGCUGCUUGUGGAGUCCCUUGCGCAAGCCGGACGACCGUUGUCUCUCAUGGAACAAAAUCUGUAUGUGUUCCGUGGCUUGCGACCCGAGCUCAAAGCCAUGGCAACCUCACUCACGGCGACGGGAUCACCGGUGUCGCUGGCUCACCUAUCUGAUUUUUUGCAGGCCAAUGAAUUUAUUAUGGUUAACGAUUAUCCCUCGGCGAUCGACGUCGGCAACUCGCACACUGCCCUUUAUACCAGCACUGGUCGCAGCAGUUCGAGUGGACACAGCGGCGGUAGGCAGUCGCACCACCAGUCUGGUCGCGGUGGCCGCUCCGGGCGUGGCGGGCAGAAUCGCGGCGGUCGCAGUGGUCGGGAGUAA